CCGAGAUGCUAAAAGAAUUGCCUGAAGGUAUAGGUAACUUAUGCAAUCUUAGAUAUAUGGAUAUAUCAUGGUGUCCUCAGAUUACAACGUUGCCUGCCUCGAUCACCAGACUUUACAAUUUGCAGACAUUGAAUCUUCGAGCUUGCCACAUGCUAGAAGAAUUGCCUGAUGGUAUAGGUAACCUAUGCAAUCUUAGAUAUAUGGAUAUAUCAUCGUAUAUUAAGAUUACAACGUUGCCUACCUCGAUCACCAGACUUUCCAGUUUGCAGACAUUGAAUCUUUUCGAUUGCAGGAUGCUAAUAGAAUUGCCUGAAGGUAUAGGUAACCUAUGCAAUCUUAGAUAUAUGGAUAUAUCACGGUGUCCUAAGAUUACAACGUUGCCUACCUCGAUCACCAGACUUUCCAGUUUGCAGACAUUGAAUCUUUCCUCUUGCUGGAUGCUAGAAGAAUUGCCUGAAGGUAUAGGUAACCUAUGCAACCUUAGAUAUAUGGAUAUAUCAGAGUGUAGUAAGAUUACGAUGUUACCUACCUCGAUCAUCAGACUUUCCAGUUUGCAGACAUUGAAUCUUUUCAAUUGCAGAAUGCUAGAAGAAUUGCCUGAAGGUAUAGGUAACCUAUGCAACCUUAGAUAUAUGGAUAUAUCAUGGUGUGAGCGUGUUACAAUGUUACCUACCUCGAUCACCAGACUUUCCAGUUUGCAGACAUUGAAUCUUUCCUAUUGCAGGAUGCUAAAAGAAUUGCCUGAAGGUAUAGCUAACCUAUGCAACCUCAGACACCUAGAUAUAACAGAAUGUUACCAUCUGGCUUGCAUACCUCGUGGCCUGGGCCGGUUGAGUAACCUUGAGACAUUGACGAUGUUCAUUGUUGCUCAGGAGAAUGGGCACACCAUCGCGGAGCUGCAACAUCUGAACUCUAUUCGUGGUAGCUUGAAAAUUAAAAAUCUGCAUCAUGUGAAAGAUCCAGAUGAAGCCAUGCAAGCAAACCUGAGGGCAAAGACGAGAUUGAAUCGCCUGAGUCUUGAAUGGAACGAAGGUGGGGAUGAGGAACAUGAACCAUCAUCUACUGAAGUGGAAGUGGCAGAGGGUGUAUUUGAAAGGCUCCAACCUCACCAUAAUCUGGAGAAGUUGGAAAUCUAUUCUUAUAUAGGCACCAGAUUCCCCAAUUGGAUGUCACCUUCUUUCCCGAAUCUAGUUGAGCUUACAAUGGGGAACCUCAAGAGGUGUGAACAUCUUCCACUUGGUCCAUGGCCCUCAUUAAAGAGUCUGAGAUUGUAUUCUAUGCAUGCCGUGAGGAGAAUCGGAGAAGAGUUUUAUGGGGAUGGUGGCGGCAUCACAUUCCCGUCACUAGAGGAUUUGACUUUAGAAGACAUGCCCAAUUUGGAAAAAUGGCAUGCAGAAUCAUGCCCUCGCCUUACCAAGUUGGAGAUAAGUUCAUGCCCCAAAUUAGUCGUUAUCCCAUGCUCCAUGGAGACUCUUACAAUAAGAAGCAGCAAUGAGAUGCUGUUAUCAGCAGGGAGCCUUGCAAAGUUGUCCAAACUCAGAUCUCUACAAAUUUUUCGCUGCGGAAUAUCAUCAUCAUCAUCAUCUGGGUGGUGGGAUGGGCUGCAAUGCCUCACCGCCCUGGAAAAGUUACGAAUUGUACAAUGUGAUGAGCUAACGUGUUUGCCCGAGGAUAUUAUGUACCUGCCCUCACUCCAAACCCUUCAGUUAGUGAGAAACAGAAAUCUAAGGAGUCUAGAGAGAGGAGGAAGGAAGCAACAGCAGCCCACCCCCUUCUUCACUACCCUCCAAUAUUUAUAUAUACAAGAAUCCGGCAUGUUGACUUCUUUGCCAGAGUGGGUAGGAGGCCUCACCUCACUCCAAGAGCUGAAUAUCUCCGACUUGCCCCAGCUAGCAAUGCUGCCAGAAGGCCUACGACACCUCACCGCACUCCGACAGCUGAAUAUCUCCAACCUGCCCCAGCUGAAAAUGCUCCCAGAUGGCCUACAACUCCUCACCGCACUCCAAUACUUGUGGAUUGGAGGCUGUCCCCAGCUAGUGAGGCGAUGCAAGAGGGAGACAGGCGAGGACUGGCACAAGAUUGCUCACAUCCCACACAUCUCCAUCUGGCCAAGCAUACGAGAGGAAGAAGAUAGAAGGGAGGAAGAAAAUAGCGAAGAAAUGAAUGAAAGACGCACCUUCGCUGCAAAAUUUCUUGAUCGAUUUGGGUUUGCACGCUGCACGGGUCAUAGCUGAGGUGCUAACAAUCCCAUUCACAGGCAAACUACCUUUUCUGAAAUCGGUGGUAUCUGGUACAGAGGAGAGAAGUGGAAGAUCUUCCUAGAUUGUACUCUGGUUCAAGGAGCUCCAUCAUUGUUAUCUUUAAGGAGCUUGAUGAUCAUGCCGAUCCACCAUUAAAGCCUUGCGGAGCUUAAUUUAGCGCUUGCAAAUCUUUUAUAGCCUCCAGAGAGAUGAUGCUAAAAGGAAGGAGUCAAAAAGCAUC